AUGAAGUCCCUUCUAAAAAGGCUGGCCCUCGAUGUCGAUCAGCCUACGAAUGAUAGAGAACCUGUGCGCUUAGCGUUUCUUGGAGGAGCAAAGAGUGGCAAGACCUCGCUCAUCUCAAAAGUCACGAUGGGCAGCUUCAGAGAAACAUAUUAUCCACUGCAACAAACCCAGCCCAUCCUAUUCACCUACUUCCCAAAUGCUCCGCUUUCGAAGCAACUAUUAGAUACAUUUUCCCCACGGGACACAUUGAAUCUGGCUUUGACUAGUGAUAAUGUUGUUCUCAGUCCGGUUGUUUAUAACAGUUUGGUGAAUAAUACUACAAAGAAGCCAACCAUGCCCGUUACUCAAAGCAAUGCCAUUGCUAUUCAACAGUCCAAUCAUAUUUAUUCAACGUUUACGCGGACAAAUGAAGUACAGACCACACCUAUCCUCAUGGAACUCAUAGAUACCCCAGCAUUCAACCCAAAGCAGGUUGUCCCGUUCUUAGAGGCAUCGCUCUACAUCAAGCUCGAAAAAGACGUUCUACACAACUUAGCCAACGAGCCUCGACAGCCCGUUAGUACUAAUCCUUUGAUUGUUGCUAGUGGUGCGAGCGAGUUAAACGGUACGGUGGAUGGAUAUUAUUUCGUCUAUAGCGCAGUACCUUCAAGUCUCCCACCAUCCUAUGACGAAUCUUCAGGCUCUUCUCCGCUGCCACAGACUGAAAAUGGAUUUGAUCUACUACCGCUCAUGAAACAGACUCUCGAUGAAGCAUGGCAAGAAUACUACACAUACAAGGUUUCUUGGGAGAGCGGAAAAGAGUCUGACAUAUUCUCAUUCAAGACAGCCCUUCGAGGCUUGAUAGUCGACGAAGUCAAAAAACCCUCAUCAUCCUAUCGUCCUCCUGGCGGCUCUAAACUACUUGAGAUCUCAUCGGAUCCCGCAGACCCGUCAUGCCCACCACCAAUAUGGCUUGUCUGCACCCAUUCUAAUCUGCCUCUCGCGUCGCCAAAGCUUAUAGAAGACGGAAGGCAGCUCAGCAAAGAUUGGAAGUGUGGCUUUUUAGCAGUGGAUGUUGAAUCAGACGUCGAGGAGGCUAUUGCCCUAAUGGUAAGGGAACUUGUCGAACGUCGUCAACUUCGCAAAGGGUACAGGAAAAGGUAA